AGUUUUCUUAUGUUCAAAAGACGAAAUGACGCUUAAUUUUUCUUUUACGUUCGUUUUGCAGUGGAAGGUGCUGAUUUGAAAAGCAAAGCGACACGUCACUAGAAAAUCCCGGAACGCCACAAGCAACCAAGCAUUGAGGAGGGGUAGGAAGGGGGAGGGUCUUUCCCUCUGGUAGAGACAGUCUUGAGGACUGUCUAGAGGAGCGCCCUACCCUAGCGAGGUCAAGCGCGACGCGAGGCACCGGCACGCUUGGCUCCCCAGGGCACCCCACCUUACCCCAUGCCAGCCCACCCCCCGGGCCAUCCCACCUACCCCGCGGAGGGGGCGGUUUGGGGUGUUCGCCAGCUCCGCCAGCUGCUGGGGCGCAUCGCGCGCGACCCUGCCAACUGUUGUUCAGUUGGCGGCACGGCAGCCCUACGGCAUGGCGGUGGCGGGGGCCGCGCUGCUGGCGGGGGCGGCGCUGCUGCUGGCGGCUCCGGGGGCGGUGCAGGCCGUGGCGGGGGGCGUGCCCGUCAGGGAGAGGGAGUACCCGUACGUGGCCGCGUUCGUGCGUCGCACCGGGACUUGCACUGCCAUCAUCCUCACGGAGCACUGGCUCCUCACCGCAGCGCACUGCUUCACCAUGCGCAGCCGCUCCCAGGACAACCCCUACCUGUCGGACGUGUACGCGGGGCUGGUGGACGUGUCGCGGGGCGCGCAGGAGGGCUGCGGCCCGGGCUGCCAGCACCGCGAGUCGCACGUGGCGCACAUCCACCCGCACUUCCGCGCGCGCGUCAGCCGCUCGCUGUACGACGACGCCCGCCACAACAACCUGGCGCUGGUGCACGUCAGCAAGGCCCUCUGGCUGGACACGGCCUGGGUGCGCGCCGCGGUGCGCGCGUCUCCGCCCAGCACAAUGUGCAGCUGCAAGCUGGUGGGCUUCGGCAUGGGCGGGGUCGGGCCGCACGCCUGGGCGCCCGGCCGCCUGCUCAAGGCGGAGCGCGUGCCCAUCCUGCCGUUCAAGCUGUGCCCGCCGUCGCGCGCGCCCCGCAUGCCCCGCGCCACGCUCUGCUCCGACUCGACGGCCGGCGUGGCGCCCUGCCUCGGGGACCCGGGUGCUCCCGUCGUCUGCGACGGCCACGUCAUAGGCAUGGCGCUGGGCGUGUACGAGAGCCGGUGGGAGUACACCGAGCACUCGUUCUACUGCGGCUUCUUCAAGUCGUGCAGCCUGUUCGGCCUGUACGCGUCGCUCGAGCCGUACGCCUCGUGGAUCGACAGCGUCGUGUUCCGGCCGUCGGGCGUCGUCAUGCCCCUGGCGGCCAACCUCAGCCUCAUCAGCGACCCGGACGCGACGUGCUGAGGGUACCGGGAUCGAGAGAAUGUGUUCCCACCCGCGACGGGAGACGGUUGUACUCCAGGACGUAAAUGGUGGGUGUUCCACCCCGCCCUUUAUUUUGGGUUCGGGAUCAUCCAGAAAAUACGUCCUUCAUCCGCUGUUAACAAUCAUCUGCCAACUGCUAAGUUCAGCCGACGCAAGCUCUCAUAGCGCCUGGUAGGUAGGCAACAUCUCGCCUGCAGUGCAUGCGUGUGAAGCGGGGUGGCCUACCCCAAAUCUCGCAGGCGCCUAGCCCCCGUUAUCAGCCAAAUAAAUCUGAGGAAAACGGACGUAGUUUCUGGAUGAUCCCCAUACUGUACCCGAUUCAAGAGGUGGGCGGCCUUGCUUGCCUGCAUCUGGUUUGUUAUAACAACAACGAAAAGGAUAGAACGGAUCACCCACCCUGUAUUAAUAUCUGCAGGAGGGCUUCUGCAAAAUGACUAAAUGACACAAGUAUUCUCAAUCACUGCCAAACAAGACAUGAUAGUAUUCGUUCAAAUCCAAAGAAAUCUCUUGUAAGUUAAUUGGUGCUUCUGUCCUUGGCCCUAGGACAUUAGUUCCCCCCACAUUGUGUUCUUGUUUCAACUUGUCCU